UGCGCGCUGAACGAGAAACGCGAGAACGUGCCGCGACGGCGACUCGAGCGAACGUGCGUGCGUGCGUGCGUACGUGCGUGCGUGCGUCCUGGAACGGAACGGAGCGGACCGGACUGGACGGUGGACCGCGGUCGCCUGCGGGGGCUGAGAGGAGACCCACCAGUGGCAGGUUGAACAGUAAAAUCUCUGAGCACAUCUCGGCGUCAGUAACUCCUCUCCAUGUUUGUCUGGAGGAACAAAGAAGACCAGAACUGGGCUUAUGUGACGCUUCACAAGCUCACAAGCCUCAGGUUAAAGGGACCUUUGAGAAUCAAAAAGCAGAAGAAGAGGUUUCCGAGGAGGUGGCGGAGAUUGGUUCGCUCGAGGUCGAAGCAGGAGAGUUAAGACAGAGCCAGCCGAGCAUGGCCAACACUAUCAGUAACAUGAAGAUGACCAACCCCAUAAAGGGGCUCGUCAGCAAGCGUCGCAAGCGUUUCACCGAGGACGGUUUUGAUCUUGAUCUCACAUAUAUAACAGAUAAUUUAAUAGCAAUGGGUUUCCCUGCCGAGAAGUUGGAGGGCGUGUACAGAAAUCACAUUGACGAUGUCGUUAAACUACUCGAAUCCAAACACAAGGAUCAUUACAAGAUUUAUAAUCUGUGUUCCGAGAGGUCGUACGACUGCAAAAAGUUCAAGCAGAGAGUGGCCACUUACGCGUUCGAUGAUCACAACCCACCAAAGUUGGAGCAGAUCAAGCCGUUCUGCGAGGACGUGCACUCGUGGCUGUCCCAGCACAAAGAUAACGUGGCCGUGGUCCACUGCAAGGCCGGCAAGGGUCGUACGGGCGUAAUGGUGUGCUGCUACCUACUCCACAGCAAACAGUUUCCCACUGCCACGGAAGCCCUUAAUUAUUACGGAACUAAACGGACGCACGACAGGAAAGGCGUGACGAUACCUUCGCAAAGGAGAUACGUGGAUUAUUACGCCACCCUUGUUCAGGACGGCUUGAACUAUCAACCAGUGACGUUAAUACUGCGCGAGAUACAACUGGACCCAGUCCCCAUUUUCAACGGUGGUCAAGGCAGUCUGCAUUUUGUAAUCUCGGAAUCAAACAAACAAGUAUUUUCGGACGUUUACGAAGUCCGGAAAGGCACGUCUUCUAUAAGCAUCCCGUUACACAAUGUCGCUUUGAAGGGGGACAUACGGGUGGACUUCUUCAACCGGCCGAAAAUGAAACUGAAGGAAAAGAUGUUUCACUUUUGGUUCAACACAUUUUUCGUCCGCGAGAAAACCAAUUCCGAGUACGACAAUGGCGAAUUACCUGUCGAAAGGUCGGCGAGGGCAUUGAGCUGCGACGGCACGGCCAUGGAAUUGCCGAUGGUCACGUCGCACGUGAAACCCCGAACGGGAUCGUUGGCGAGCCUCGGUCCUAUGCCGCCCACUCUCGUUUUACGGAUAGACAAGUCGGGAUUAGACGAUGCACAUAAGGAUAAACAUCACAAGCUGUACAGUCCAGAUUUUAAAGUGAGUCUAUUUAUGCAUUGCAUGAGCGGUAGCAUAUCGCCAGCCGUGCCAGCGACGACGAACAGGAGCGGGGACGGCGUGCAGUUGGGUAUGGGCGGGCAGGAGACGCCGAGCGAGUCGAGCGAGGCGGACAGCAGCGAGUGCGACACCACCGGCGACGAGGACGGUUGGGAAUCCGGUGAGUCAUCUGCAUCCCUGGUGGUGAACCACCAACACCAUCCUCUUACACACAGCAGUAGCCGUACACACGUUAGCGGUGUCCGUCCGCGUGUCAGUCUCAAGGAAACCGCCAAGGCUCUGUUGUCGCGUGGCGAUAAGAGCAGGAGUAGUAAUAGACAGAGCGUCGCCGGCGCGAACGUGAAGCGUUCCUCCACUUCGUUUGCGCGUCCGACCACUCUCGACACGUAGUAGCUUAACAUUGCUUCUCGGUACUUAAAGAGGAAAAACCGUUCACGCGACAACGCCCGCAUUUUCCGCCGAAGUUGCGACGCCCGCAUCUGCCGCGGAGUCGCGCGGCGUCCCGACACGUCUUCCCGAAGCGGCGCGGCACGUCCCGCACUUUAAACUCGCGCUCCGCGUUUUCCUUUUGCGAGAGAGAACGCAAACGCGACGCGCGCGUAUUCUUCGCCGUUCUUUCUUUCGUCGCGGAGUCGCGCGACACGCGCGAACGGUCUCGGUGCAUGUAACGUGAUGACUUGGACCCGGAGAGAUUCGUCGUAUGACAGUUUUUUGCAGUGAUCAUCGCUCGCACUUCUCUUUAGUUUUGUACGAUCGCACGGUGGUGCCUCUCGACAAUUUAACUGGAUGGAAAAAUGAUAAGUUGCAAUAGAAAAUUUUUCUUUUUAGUAGAAACUGCUUACGCGAUUUUUCUUUAUUCAGUGCGGAUACUCUCAGGCACACGGAGGAGUUUUGCAAACGUAAAUCACAAUUUUACAUAUCACGUUAUACCUCAAAUAAAUUUGUUUUAAUUAUAAAUUCAAACGGGCAGUUUAUGUAUUGGAAUAAUGUAAUCUUAUAUAUUGAAAUAAUGCAAAUUAAUAUUUUCGUAUUUCUUUGUAUUAUUAAUAUGUAAUGUAUAUAUAUACUUAUACAAUAAAUAAUUUCUGUAUAACUUUACAAUUUCACGAUACAGCGUUGCUCAAAGUGAUAUCGAGUUCAUCAAUAUUUGAUUCAUCAUGUUUUUUAAGGCUGUUUCUAGCCUUUUUACAAACUUGAAACAAAUUAGAGAAAUCUGUGUAACACUUAUUGUAUAUAUAUGUAUAUAUAAUAAUUCUUAUCCAUUUAAAUUAUUGGGAAGCACUAACGUAAGUUUCUUUCCCUUCUGUCUCUUUCUCUCUCUCUCCCCCUUUUUCUCUCUCUUUCUCUUCUUCCUCCCUUUCUCAUUCAUUUCUUGUUACGUUGAGGGACCAUGAGCUUUACCUUUUUCGAUUCGUUCUUAUUGAUUAGGAUACUAUUAGCUGUUGAUCAAUUCUUCGCGUAAUGCUCGAUAGUGAAAUAGUUAAUGUCAUUAAAUAUGCACCUAGUAUUUUGAGUAAAAUGGAUUAGAUUAUCACGUAGAAAUGAAAGUAUAAUACCGGUGUAAUGUAAUUUUAGCAACAAGGGAAGAUGUAUAUUCGGGGUAUAGUGAUGAAAUGACAAUAGCCCAAAAUCUUCGUUAUACUAUAACGCUUUAAUGCACUCUGCGAAGAGGGAUGUAUACUUUUUCGCUUUAACGAAUCACAUCAUAUUUUUCAAACGAUCGUAAAUAAUAUGUGUCAUGGGCAUUUAUUCAUAUUGUUAGAUUUAAUGAAACAAAUGUACGUGUAUACUGAGAGCUGUCGGUAUAAACUAUUUUAAUUUAAAAAAAAAAAACUUAGGUUCCGUUGUAUCUCGAGUAUAAUAAGAGAGAAAGUCAUACGCAAAUUCCUGGUUUUUAUUUCGCACGAUUUAUUAUUUAAAUUCAAGCGAAACGGACUUCACUUUUCUAACAAUGUAUUUUUUGCAUCUAUUUUUAUCAAGCAACAUUUUUAUUGAAAUCGUAUGUACGUUUGCAAUCGAUUUUUUUUGCUUCGAUAGAACUCUUCGAUAAACUAGCGUUAUUGUAAAAUCCGCAGUGUUAGUGCCUGCAACACGAUAACAUAUUUUUAUUCGAAAGUAAAUACAGCGUUCUUUUUUUUCUAUUUUUAACGCGCGAAAUCGCAAAAUGGUACGACACUUCUAUCGAUAUUAGAACACGUUGAGACUGCGUGAAAACUCGUUUCUUUUCUUUUAUUUCUGUUUUUAUAUUUAUUUAUGUUGUUUGCGGAAUAAAAGCAGAAAUAUCUAAUUAACAUGUAAUUUACUUGACAGUGUUCUCAUCUAAUCAGAAAAAACUCUGACUUUUGUAUUUCGCUUGAAUUCGUAUUUCUUUCUUAAUAGAUUAAACCGUUGUAAAAAGUUUUAAUUAAAAAUAUUUUAUUAAAACAAGCAUAAAAUUAUCAUAUUGGAAAAUUUGUAAUUUACAUUUGUAAGCAUUAGACUUGAAUUAUAUAUAAAGAACCAUUGUAAUUUUACCUUAAGUUAAUUGAGAGAAUCGAUAAUCGUAUACCGAAAAAAAGAAGAAAGGAAAAAGAAUAUAAGAUACAUAUGCAAUCUGCCUGUACAAUAUUUAUACAUCUUGGACAUUUUCUAAACACAAUUUCAAGUUCGCAUUUUUCGUGCACAUCUUAUUCGUGUCAAAGCACUCUAUUUCCUAAGGUUAACGUUGUUCAUUGACCAUGUACCUUGUGAUUAUAACUACGUGAUACAUAUACACAUACAUACAUGUGCAUAUAUACAUACAUUCAUACAUGUAGAGAUACAUAUAUAGGCACAUACAAAUGUAUAUGUAUAUAUAUAGCCAUUAGAGAAAUGUCUCAAUAUAUAAUAGAAGAGUUUACUAACGCGUUACAUUCGACAUUUUUGUGUGUCGGGUGUUUAUAUAGUCUGAGAAAUACUUAUUCCACCAAAGUAAAUUAUAGUACAAGCCCUGAACAAUUUAUUCGCUGUUGAUGUGAUCGCAAAUGAAAAACGAGAAGAAAAUGCAAACCAACGGUUUGAAAUUCAGUUUUAAGAAGCGGUGUUAAAACUGCAAUCUUUCCGUUCGGUUCCGAGAUUUUUCGGCAAGUUCAGACACGCAGGGAAGAUCUUUGUUGAAGGUUUAUCGACAACGACGAAGUACAAAUAUACGUAGAAACCCAGCUUUUAUACAUGUUGCGCGUUGUAAACAUUGGGAUUAACGAACCGUGGGUGCUGAAUAACUAGAUAACAAUUUUUCUACUGGUAAUAGUAACUCAAAUCAAACGAGACUCAGACUUAAAUGGAAAUUAGGGAAAAAGUAUACAGGAAUUCUAUAGGCAGCGUAUAAAACAGAAAAGAAGGAAAGUGUGAGUGUAGAUACAAAACCAAUUGUCUUUCUAUAUAUGCUUUUUUUAAUCUAUACAAAAGAAUUACGAGAUUUUAGAUUUAGACAUAACUGUCGUUGCAUAGCGAGAACUAUAUAUUAUGUAUAAUAUAAGAAGAUAUAAAUUAUAUAACGCAUACACGCGCGCGCGCGCGCGCGCUUCGGGAUCAUACGUGUAUAUAGUCAUUACGUAAUUAAUCUAUUGUAUAGUAUAAUUGAGACUAUCGAGUUCUACGAGUUUAUUUUUGUUAGGUUACUUAGAUGAAAUUAUUAUAUUAUUAGUAGAAGAUACAAUAAUUAUGAUAUUAUAAUAAUUCUCGAUUAGCGAGUUAUGUAUAGCACGUUAAGCAUUAUUGGUAUUACAUUAUAUUAUAUUGUCGGACUACUCCUUUUCUUGUACAAGGCUAAACUUGUGAUACCAUAAAUCCAAGUGCGCAACCAUAAAUCGGAAUUUAAUUAUAUCACGUCCAUCCGCAGUAAGAAAAAGAAACAAGACAAGAAAAAGCGCGCGCGCACGCGCGUGAUAAAGAUUUCAAAUUUUAUAAGAUUUAAAAAUAUUUUUCAUAAUUUUUAUUCGUAAUCAAUUAUAAUUAUUUCUAGCAGAUAAUGAAAGUAGAAUACGCGCUGUAAGUUUCACCUACAUUUCUGAAUGUGUAGACACACAAUUAUAUUUAUUGUACGAUUAUAAAUAAAAUUGUUAACUUAAAUAGACAUAAGAUGAGGAUGUCGAUAAGAUUUUCGUAAGGACCGGUAUAAGAAAUGCCCAUAAUCGUGAUAAAUAGCAGAAUUAGUUUGUCAAAUGGCUAGGGACUCGCGAAGUGUAACUUUGAUUAAAGUUCUUGGAGUGCUUCGAUGGCCCUCUCCUCCCACUUCCUUUCUCCCCGAAAGUUAGAAUUAAGUAUUCGUUACAUGAUUUAUAAAUGUGUAGCGAUUAAUUAUGUCGAUAUAUCCUCGUAAGGACUACUUAGCUCGAUAAAUUGAUGGGUUGUAUACAGUAUCUUGUAUCGAACGGGGACCAUCUUUUAUUCUCGAUUUUUUGAUCAAUUUGGAAUCGAUUUUGCCUCAGCAAAAACGGAUAAAUAAAAAUCUUAUUUGUCAUUUUGUUUGAAUGAAAUAAAAUUUUUAACAGAAUUAAAAUUUAUAAUUUAAGGACCACACGAGGAUCUUAUUUAAUGUUGAAGAUAUUGAAAACUCACAACAGAUAAUUCUC